UCGAUGGGAAUACCGAGUGAAUUCUUUUAGAAGAGUGAACAGUACAGUUGAUGCUCACUCCCAGUUGUAUUGUUUCUUUGGACAGAGAACAGUAAUUGGAUCACUCCGUUAAACUAAAAAUUUCAAAACCCUUCAAAUCGAACCCUAUCGUCCUGUAUUUGCCGCCUCAUCAUCUCUGCUCAUAACUAUUUCAAAAUUCCGCGCCUCGCUUUCAUAUCGAUUCCACUGCACUUCCAAAAGAAUUGGUUGUGCAGUCCUUGUUUUAAUCGGAGCCAAUCUUUAAGUUUUUGGCGGUUUCUUAGUUUGAAUAUGGCCGGUGAUUCCUCUGUAAUCAUCAAUGGAAACGGCAAUGGUAGCAUCAACCCACUGCCUAACCUCCAGAGGACUUACCAAGUGGUUGUGGCUGCCACCAAAGAUAUGGGCAUUGGUAAGGAUGGAAAAUUACCUUGGAGAUUACCUACUGAUCUCAAGUUUUUCAAGGAGAUAACUACAACAACAUCCAAUCCUGAGAAGAAGAAUGCCGUUGUUAUGGGAAGAAAAACAUGGGAGAGUAUCCCUCUUCAGUUCAGGCCUCUUUCUGGUCGUCUUAAUGUUGUUUUGACUCGUUCAAGUAGCUUUGAUAUUGCAGCAGCAGAAAAUGUUGUUAAAUGUGGAAGUAUGUCUUCUGCAUUGGAACUUUUAGCUGCUUCUCCUUAUUGUACAUCAAUCGAGAAAAUAUAUGUGAUAGGUGGUGGUGAGAUAUUUAGAGAGGCUCUCAAUGCACCUGAAUGUGAAGCCGUCCACAUAACAGAAAUUCAUGCAAACAUUGAGUGUGACACUUUUAUGCCUCCGAUUGAUUCCACUAUAUUUCGGCCAUGGUACUCAUCCUUUCCUAAAGUGGAAAACAACAUCCGAUAUUCUUUUACCACUUAUGUGCGUGUGAGAAGUUCUGCAGCAGAGCCCCUGAGUCAGAAUACUGAUUCACUUUUUGAUAACAACUCAGAUUCUAAAAAAUUUGAGGUUCAUAACUUUUCUUUUCUUCCGAAAAUGAUUUUCGAGAGACAUGAGGAGUACAUGUAUCUUAGGCUGGUUCAGGACAUCAUAUCUCAAGGUACCACCAAGGGUGAUAGGACUGGGACAGGGACCUUGUCAACAUUUGGUUGCCAGAUGAGGUUCAAUCUGCGCACAAGCUUUCCUCUUCUUACCACUAAGAGAGUAUUUUGGCGAGGGGUUGUUGAAGAGCUUCUUUGGUUUAUCAGUGGCUCAACAAAUGCCAAGGUGUUACAGGAAAAAGGCAUUCAUAUAUGGGAUGAUAAUGCAUCCAGGGAAUUCCUUGAUAGCAUUGGUUUGUCAGAGAGGGAAGAGGGUGACUUAGGACCUGUUUACGGGUUUCAAUGGAGGCACUUUGGUGCUAGGUAUACUAACAUGCAUAAUGACUAUGCCAACCAAGGACUUGAUCAACUUUUAGAUGUUAUCCACAAGAUAAAACAUAAUCCUGAUGAUAGACGGAUCAUUCUCUCUGCAUGGAAUCCAGCAGAUCUUAAAUUGAUGGCUCUUCCACCCUGUCACAUGUUUGCACAGUUCUAUGUAGCAAAUGGGGAGUUAUCAUGUCAAAUGUAUCAGCGAUCUGCUGACAUGGGCCUGGGUGUGCCAUUUAAUAUUGCAUCUUAUGCCCUCCUGACAUGCAUGAUUGCUCAUAUUUGUGAACUUGUUCCAGGGGAUUUUGUCCAUGCUAUUGGGGAUGCACAUGUUUACCAAACUCAUGUGAAGCCUCUGCAGGAGCAGCUUCAUAACCUGCCAAAACCUUUCCCAACUUUGAAGAUAAAUCCAAAGAAGAAAGAUAUAGAUUCUUUUGUGGCGACUGAUUUCAAGCUCAUAGGCUAUAAUCCUCACCAGAAGAUUGAGAUGAAGAUGGCUGUUUAAAUCAUGGGAGAUCUUAAUCGGUUUAUCCCUUCUUUAGGUUGUUUCUGCUUUCUAAAAUGAGGCAAGCAUGCAAUUUUGUUCUGUUGGCUAUUCAGAACAACCUUCGAUUUCUUUAAAAAAAGUCCUCCACAAAAUCAUCAAAAGAAAAUUAAAAAUUAAAUUGUCGAAUGUUGCAAGAGAUGAUUUUAGAUCACUUGAUGAUUGCAGAGUUCUUAGAAGUCGCCAAUUUGUCUUUAGAUAAACUUGAGUUAGAGGGUGUUUUUUUCAAUGAUGAUGAUGAUCUAUUAGAUUUAGAGGGUGAAAGACCUCAAAUUUAUGAGAUCAGUUAAAGAUGAAUGAAUAUUGGUAAAAAAUAUUGUAGAAUACCUUUUUGUAAUGAAACAAAAUGUUUAAUUUCGAUGAAUA